ACUCUAAAAGUAUGCGGCUACUGUUGUUGUGUGCGUUGAUUGCAGUUGCAUCGGCUUCACUAUUUCAUCACCAUCACAACAAACGGCGAAUUUUACCAAGACAUCGCGUCCGAUCGCCAGCAACUCGCACUCGAAUCCAUGUGAGAUCAGAACGAAAGGCUGAAGAAUGUCAAAAACACGAGCAUCACUUGAUCUGUGGACCCGAGAGACAUUGUGAUCGCACAUGCGAGAACUUGUUCAGCCCACCUCACUGCCUGAAUCAUCUUCAUCAUGCCAAGUGCUACUUCCCGAGAUGUGUAUGCAACGAUGGUUAUGUAAGAAGCGAAAAGGGGAUCUGCAUUCGGCCAUCUCACUGCCCCAACACUUAUUACGAGCCAGCAUCGAUGCUCAUGGAUGAGACUGAAGACAACGACAUGAUGAUUCAAUUCAAACCAGUAAAAUUCUCGAGAGUUGGAAAUCAUCGAGUGAUGAGAAUCUCCCGAAAAUCUCGAGUUCAUCGACCCUCUGAACUUGCAAUCCGAAUCUAGUUCAAUUCAUUUUUAAUAUAUAUCUCUUUCAUCGCUUUUGGCUCACCAAAAGCAAAAAGUAUUUUUAAUUUCACAUUCGAUCAUAAUAUGUGUAGAUCUUGGUAGAUCAUGUACUAUCCUUUGUACUAUGUUAUGUAUGUACCAGUAUUUUUGAAAAGUUGAAUGAAACAAAUUCAUUU